UGUCUGGCAGCACAUUGACUGCAUGGGGAUUGACAGGCAGCAUAUUCCUGACAUAUAUCUGUGUGAACGUUGUCAACCAAGGAAUUUAGAUAAAGAAAGGGCAGUGCUGUUGCAACGAAGGAAAAGGGAAAAUAUGUCAGAUGGGGAUACCAGUGCAACAGAGAGUGGUGAUGAGGUUCCUGUGGAGCUGUAUACUGCUUUUCAGCAUACACCAACUACAAUUACUUUAACUGCUACAAGAGUUACAAAAGUCAAUGAUAAGAAAAGGAAAAAAAGUGGAGAGAAAGAACAGAACAUAGCAAAAUGUAAAAAAGCAUUUCGAGAAGGAUCCAGGAAAUCUUCACGAGUAAAGGGCUCAGCUCCAGAGAUUGAUCCUACUGACAGUUUGAACUUUGGAUGGGAAACUAAAAUCAAGGCAUGGAUGGAUCGUUACGAAGAAGCAAAUAAUAACCAGUACAGUGAGGGUGUCCAGAGGGAGGCACAAAAAAUUGCUCUAAGAUUAGGCAAUGGAAAUGACAAAAAAGAAGUUAGCACCAGCAAUCUGAUUUUCAAACCUCCAGUAGAGAGUUACGUGCAAAAAAACAAGAAAAUUUUAAAAGCUGCCAAAGACUUGCCUCCUGAUGCACUUAUUAUUGAAUACAGAGGGAAGUUCAUGCUGAGAGAACAAUUUGAAGCUAAUGGAUAUUUCUUUAAAAGGCCAUACCCAUUUGUUUUGUUUUAUUCCAAAUUCCAUGGGCUAGAAAUGUGUGUUGAUGCAAGGACUUUCGGAAAUGAAGCUCGAUUCAUCAGGCGUUCAUGUACGCCAAAUGCGGAGGUAAGGCAUGUAAUUGAAGAUGGAACAAUUCAUCUUUAUAUUUACUCCAUCCAUAACAUUCCAAAGGGAGCAGAGAUUACUAUAGCAUUUGAUUUUGAUUAUGGAAAUUGUAAAUACAAAGUGGAUUGUGCUUGCCUCAAAGAAAAUCCUGAAUGUCCAGUUCUCAGACGUUCUGAACCUACAGAAAACAUCAAUACUGGAUAUGAAACCAGAAGGAAAAAGGGAAAGAAAGAGAAAGAUGUUUCAAGAGAAAAGGAGACUCAAAAUCAGAACAUCACAUUGGACUGUGAAGGAGCAGCUGCCAAAAUAAAAAUUGCAGAUAAUAAACAGAGGAAGCUCUCUCCCCUCAGGCUGUCCAUUUCUAAUAAUCAGGAGCCAGAUUUUAUUGAUGAUAUAGAAGAAAAGACUCCCAUUAGCAAUGAAGUAGAAAUGGAAUCAGAGGAGCAGAUUGCAGAAAGGAAAAGGAAAAUGACAAGAGAAGAACGGAAAAUGGAAGCUAUCCUGCAAGCUUUUGCCAGACUAGAAAAAAGAGAAAAAAGAAGAGAACAGGCUUUGGAAAGGAUCAGCACAGCAAAAACUGAGGUUAAAUCAGAAUGCAAAGAAGCACAGAUUCUCAAUGAUGCUGAAUUUGUUCAGGAACCAGCAAAAGAAGAAGCUGCCACCAAGCCUACCCCAGCCAAAGUUAAUAGAGCUAAACAGAGAAAAAGCUUCUCACGGAGUAGAACUCACAUUGGACAACAACGUAGACGACACAGAACUGUCAGCAUGUGUUCAGAUAUCCAGCCAUCUUCUCCUGAUGUGGAAGUAACUUCACAACAUAACGAAACUGAGAAUGCUGCACUGGUAGCUGAGCCUGAAGCAGAAACUGUUGUUACAGAAAUGGUUGCUGAAACGGAAGCUCCAGCACUUAAUAAAUGCCCUACUAAGUAUCCUAAAACAAAGAAGCACUUGGUCAGUGAAUGGUUAAGUGAAAAGAGUGAUAAAACAGGAAAGCCUACAGACAGUCUAUCAGAAAGGCCUCUACGCAUAACUACCGACCCUGAAGUUCUGGCUACUCAACUGAAUUCUUUACCAGGUCUCACUUACAGUCCACAUGUAUAUUCAACUCCAAAGCACUAUAUUCGUUUUACUUCACCAUUCCUUUCAGAAAAGAGGAGGAAAAAAGAACCAGUGGAAAACAUUACUGGCUCUUGUAAGAAGCGUUGGUUGAAGCAGGCUUUGGAAGAAGAAAAUUCAACAAUGAUUGAUAGAUUUAAUUCACCAUCGCAAGAGAGAUCUGGAAGUCCAGCCAUCAAUGGUGAAAAUAAAAGUCCUUUGUUACUGAAUGACAGCUGUUCCUUAACAGAUCUAACCACACCGCUGAAAAAACGAAGACUGUAUCAGCUGUUGGAGUCUGCAUUCUCAGAAACCUCCACACCUACUCCUUCUCCAUAUGCCACACCAACUCAUGCUGACACCACUGCCUCUGAGCCAUCAUUGUUUGCUACUCCUCCUAGGGUAAAAACAGAAGAUGAAGCUUCUAGAAACGGUUACAAACCCAUAUAUUCGCCAGUUACUCCUGUAACUCCAUGUAUACAUGGAAAUACCAUGCACUUUGAGAAUAUUUCCUCACCUGACAGUUCCCCAGAAAUAAAAAGGCGAGCUUACAGUCAAGAGGGAUAUGACAGAGCAUCGAUUCUAGCAUUGAAUUCUUUCAGAAAUUCCAACCUGACAGAAAUGGGCCUGCAAGAAAUAAAGACUAUUGGAUAUUCCAGUCCAAGGAAUAGGACUGAUGUCACACGGCAGUGCACUGGAGAAAUGGAAUCUGUGUCAGACCUCCAGCUGGGACUCGAAGUAAUUGAGCAAAGUGCACUGCAUAAAAACCUGGAAGCCCCCACACAUGAUAGGACUGAUUCAAACAGCCAAUUAGAAACUGCUCAUUGUGGACGGGGCACAAUUUAUUCUUCCUGGGUAAAAAGUCCUGACAGAACAGGUGUAAAUUUCUCAAUGAAUUCUAAUUUGAGGGACUUGACCCCUUCGCAUCAGUUGGAGGUAGGAGGUGGAUUCAGAAUAAGCGAGUCAAAGUGCCUGAUUCAAGACGAUGCUAGAGGCAUGUUCAUGGAAGCAUCUGUUUUUUGUACUUCAGAAGAUGGAAUUGCAUCUGGCUUUGGAAGGACUGUCAGUAACGACAACUUGAUGGAUGGAAAUUGCACACCCCAGAAUCCUCCACAAAAGAAAAAGGUAUCCUUAUUAGAAUACCGUAAGAGACAACGAGAAGCUAGAAAAAGUGGCUCAAAGACAGAAAACUUCCCGCUGGUUACUGUAUCUCCUCAUGCUGCUGGUGGAGGAAAUAUAAGUACUAACAAUGGUGCUAACGAUGGGUAUAACAACAGUGGUGAAAAUGGGGAGCAAACUGAUAACAGUGCAGGCCUACCUGUACCACUGCCAACUACUGUUUAUAAUGCAGCUCCAGAAGACACUGGCAACAACUGUGCAACUAAGGAAUCUUCUUCCAGCGAGAAGAAUGAACCAGAAGUUCAGUGGACUGCAUCAACGUCUGUGGAACAAGUGAGAGAACGAAGUUAUCAGAGAGCUUUACUCCUCAGUGAUCAUAGGAAAGACAAGGACAGUGAACCUGAUCCUGAAAAUCCAGAGCCUACUUCUGAAUGUCCGUCCCCAGAUACUUCACAGAAGACUUGUAAAAGUCCGUCAAAAACAAGCAAGCCCUCCUCACCGAGUCCUGUAGUUUCAACGCAGUCACUUGGGAAAACGCCCACAAAACCAGAUUCGCACUGGGAAACUGCAGCCAACGCACCUGAGGCCGAAUGUGUGAAUCAGCCAAAAUCUGAGCUGCAACAGAAACAGCUGACAAAUAACGUCCAAGCACUUUCAAAAAAUCAUCCAUCUCAAUCACAUCUGCGCAGUUCUGCUGAGCAACUUCCACAUUCACAAAAGUUGCCUUCUGCACCUUUGAAGCUGCAUUGCCCCCCUUCGCCCCAUGUAGAAAAUCCUCCGAAGCCCUCUACCCCUCACGCACCUGUGCAGCAUGGUUAUCUCUCACCAAAGCCUCACUCACAGCAGCUGGGAUCUCCAUACAGACCUCAUCACCCACAGUCACCUCAAGUCGGAACGCCCCAGAGGGACACACACCGCAACUUCUAUCCAGCAGCACCGACCCUUCAGCCUGGUAAUCAGCAGCAGGCUGGCGCACCCCUGUUCCCUCAGACAAGUUCAGGACAAUCUUCAGCUUCUUACAGCCAGUUUAACCAACAAAAUUUGAACAGCAGCGCGCCACCUCCCCCGCCCCCCCCACCUCCUUCUUCUACUUACUAUCAAAACCAGCAGCCCUCUGGAAACUUUCAGAGUUACAGCCAGCUGAAGGGCAGCAUACCCCAACAGACUGUGUUUUCAUCUGGACCAAAUCAAACACUUCCUGGUGCCGCAGGUCAGCCAGCGGUGCCAGGACACCACGUAACUGCAGGGCAUUUUUUGCCGUCUCAGAACCCCAGUAUUCAUCACCAGGCGUCAGCAUCUGCUGCUCCACCUCCUCCUCCGCCACCGCCUGCUCCGGGACCUCACCUUGUAAAGCAGCCAAGUAGUCAUCAGCAGCACUCUGUACUAGGAGAUUCUGCUAAGAAUUCAGCCACGGAUGCCGAAGGCAUUCUCCAGCUGAAGCACGUUUUUCUGGGACCAUUUCUAGCAUGGGGAUCAGGAAAUCUGUAA